AUGCCUGCAUCAUCGACCGCCUACUCGCCCAACCAGUUGCCAAACCUUGCCUCUGGUCCUAAAACUGGAGCACACUCACCACCAGCCCUUGCCUCCCGCGCAUCCCGUAAAAUCCUCCCCGGUUGUCUCCCUGCCACUGGAUCCAUCCGCCUCUCGAAACGGAACGAGGACAGCAUCGCGAUCCACGACCCACCCGACCAAGUGGGCAUCACGCUCGCACUCGACGGCCUGGUGGUGCGCAUAUUACGCACAGGUGACCACGCCGUCAUUGCCGGCGCCGAGGUCUCGGUGCUCCGCCUCAAAGACGCCGACAAGUGGUCCCACGCCGACCAUGAGCUCUGGCGACGCAUGGCUGCGGACGUGGCCGAGUACAAGCGGAUGACACGAAGGGGAAAGGUGAACGUCACCAAGGCGCGGGUGCGGUACUCGUUCUCGAUCAACGAGAUGGUGCUCGACACGGCCAGCAGGCGCGCGAGUGGAGAGUUGCACAAGACAAAACGUCUCGUACCGCUUCGGCAUCGUCAUAUCGCUCCUGAUAGGCAGUCCCCGUAUAAGGCAAAAGAAAAGGAAAAGGCAAAGGACAAGGACGCAGUAGAGGCCGCCGCCGCCGCGCUUGGGGUUGUAGUGGGGCCAGACUGGAGUGUGGCCGAGCGCGAGGCCGUGCGUCGCUUGUGGGCUACCCGGGUGCAGUGGGGCCAGUAUGUCAUUGCCGCGAAUGAGGACAAGUUGUAG